GGGACGAGCAGUCAGUCGGCUCCCAGCUGUCGGUGAGUGGCGUGGAAAAUCUCUCGUGUCCCGCUAGAGCGCUGUACGCUGUAAGUCCACAUUAAACUCCCAAUACAAUGAAGCCCAAAGUCGUCAGCUCAACAUUGGACAAGUAUGAAGGCAAGGGGUUCAUAGAAGACCUCAAGGAAACAGCGAAACUGCAGGAGGCUGAAGAGAAGAGGAAUGAAUGCAGCGGAAAAGUUCAAGACGUGUUGACCGGCCAGCCGCUGGCUCUCCUCUCUUAUCAUGAAGCUCCUGCAUACCUCCAGUUCAAUCCUUACAUUAGGCAUGGCUAUAGAGGUUUUUUGUCGACUAAGAUGUGCUUUGAGAGCAUGUUCUGGUUGACAAACGAGACCGUAAAUAUAUGGUCUCAUAUAUUCGGUUGGAUGUUGUUUCUCGGAUUGACGCUUUAUGAUCUCUGCUUACUGAACAUUCAUGCUUCCUUCACGGAUAAAUUUAUUGUUGGACUACUGCUCGCAUGUUUUCAAAUAUGCAUGUUGAUGUCUGCGUUGUAUCAUAUUUUCUCUUGUCGCUCCGAAGAGCACUUCAACUGUUUUCUAUCUUUUGAUCUCUUAGGGAUUGCUCUAAGCAUGCUUGGUAUUUAUAUGACGGGAGUUUAUUACGCUUAUUGGUGUCACAAGGGUUGGCAAACAUUUUACCUUAGUACUGUGUUAACUAUAUUUUUGAUAGCAAUGUUGUUACAAGUUCCUAAAUUCAAUGUUGAUUCAAAUAUUAAGUUAUUCACGUUUGUCGGAUGGGCUGCUUAUGGAGUUGUUCCAUCCUGUCAUUGGACCAUAAUGAUGGGAGGUCUUGAAAAUCCUAUUGUAUCGCUGCUCCUGCCGAGGGUAGUUAUGAUGUACAUCAUCAUAGGAAUGGCAUUUACAAUAUAUAUUACUAAAAUUCCAGAAAGGUUCUUUACAGGUAAAGUAGACUACAUUGGUUCGUCUCACCAAUGGUGGCAUUUCUUUGUGGUACUCGCACUCUACUACUGGCACAACACUGGUAUUAAAUACAUAGAAUAUCGAAUGAACCAUGGAUGUUCUUUCGACCUCUCAACGUGACCUCAAGAAAAGUGGUUAUAUGUGUAUUUAUUUGGGACAAUUGUAUAAUUUAUAGAAAUUGAUAUUUUACAGUUCACCGGUGUAUCAAGCACCUGAGCCGGAAGUAUAAGAAAAUAUUUCCUAAACAUUUUAAAAAUGUCCAAAAACUUAAUAAUUUAGUUUUAAUUUCAUUAAAAGUAGCCAUUCAGUAUCUUAUACCUUUAGCUUUGUUGAUACACGCUGGAAUGGUAUUUUUAUGAAAAACGGGUGGCUAGAGUGUUAUUAGGAUUUAUUUAUCUAUUGUAAUUAUGAAUACAUAGUUUAAAAUUUAUAAUUCCUCUUCUAUGCAUGCGAUGAUUCAUUAUAUAAGAAGAAAAAUCCUAAUUUUUUUACUCAAGCAAUAAUAAAAUUACAUCUAACAAAAACUGUAAUUUAGAGAAAUACAGUGAAGCCUCAAUUAACCAAGUGUGUAUUAUUUAUAAAACAUGGUAAAUAGAAUGGAAAUUAUCAAAACAAUU